GGCCUUCUAGUGUUUUUUUUGUGAUCGCUCUAACGAUAUCCGGUAUCUUGGACGCUUUUUACCGUGAUAUUGCGCACCGUUUCCGCUUUCUACUACCGAAAAGGAAAGCUGAACAAGUAUCUCUGCUUAUGCUAACGGUUUACUAGUCCACCCCUUCUUGUGCGAUAAAUGCACGAUGAAUUGACCAAUGCCCAAUCAAGCAUAGGAGUGAACUAUAUGUAAACCCUCGUGUACACAGGAUGUGCAAAGGCAUGGCUAUCGUGACUCGAAUAUGUGUUCUCCUGGCUUUGUGUUUAUCCCUAGUGGCUACUCAGCCAGUUUUCAACUGCUCGCUGAUUUCUGUGGCCGAGAGGGUCUCGUGCUCAGUUCCCAGUCCCAACGCGACCACAUGCCAGGGCACAGGGUGCUGUUGGGACCCCGGUAAUCCGAACCUGAUGUGUUUCACAAAACCAGGUGGUCGGUGUAUCCCGUACCACAAAUCCGGUCUAUGUUAUGACGCACUUAACUCCACCUUACCCGAGUAUCGAGACUGGCCUCGAUUCAUCGACAACAGGCUUGGUUACCCGAUGACCGAACUCUUCAUAAGUGGAGUACAGGACGCCAUCCGGGACUCUGCGUCUGAUUUCCCAGAAUGCCAGCGGAUCCUAUCGGCUAUGCUGUGCCAGUACACGCUCGUCCCGUGUCGUGAUGACCACACCCUCAUGUCCUUCUGUAAGGAGGACUGCGAGGCCAUCUUUGACAGUUGUCAACAGCCGCUCAACCAGGCUAUCGGCGGUGCCAAGCAACUUGCAAAGUUCAAGAACAUCGAGUUUGUGCACAUUGGAUUUCCAAACUGCUCCAACUACAAGUACAGCUACGAUUACGACAAGUCUAGUAAUAACAACACUUGCAUCCGUACGGGGUUUUUCAGUUUUCAAAAACCAAAACCCAAGGGAAAAGACGACGGUAAAGACGUCAGCAUUUUAGCAAUAGUCUUGCCCAUCGUGAUAGUCGUCUUCAUACUCAUUGUUGUCGUCAUUAUCUUCGUCAUGAGGCGACAAAUGCGCAAGCGCGAGAAUGCCUUAGCCAAUAGCAACUUCCUCGUCAACAAGGACGCAAUGACGAUGCGACAGAAGCUACGAGCCGACAGUCUCAAGAACAUUGACCAGCGGUUGAUGCGCCUGUACGACCCUGAGAAGCUUCAGCAUUACCCGCUUGACCGAGUGGAGUAUGUGAAGGACUUGGGCGAGGGACACUUUGGAAAGGUCUUUCAAGGUCGUGCUAAUCUACAAGGCAAGCCGAACACGGUUAUCCCUGUCGCGGUGAAAGCUCUGAAGGAAGGCUCGUCCAAGGAGUUGAAGGAGGAGUUCUAUCAGGAGGUCGCACUGAUGUCCAUCUUGGAUCACCCGAAUGUCGUCAAGCUCCUGGCCGUGUCUACAGAAGAAGAGCCGUACGGAAUGAUAUUUGAGUUCAUGGGUGAAGGGGAUCUCAACCAUUACCUGAGAUCAGCGAAGCCUGCCGAGAGCUCGGCAUACAAAGGCCCUGACGACGCGAAAGUGUUUCUAUCCAAGGAAGACCUGGUGGGCAUAGCUGAGCAGGUCGCCGCCGGUAUGGAAUACGUCGCCAGUCUGAGGUUCGUCCAUCGUGACCUGGCGACGAGGAACUGUUUGGUUGGCACUGACAUGGUCGUCAAAAUAGCAGACUUUGGAAUGUCACGUGACGUGUAUGGCUCAGACUAUUACAAGAUGAGUCGCGAGACUAUGCUGCCUAUCCGCUGGCUCGCACCCGAAGCCUUCCUCUACGGCAAGUUUACGGUCAAGUCAGAUGUUUACUCCUACGGCGUGUUGUUAUGGGAAAUCUUCACAUUUGGUCUCCAGCCGUACUAUGGGUACACGAAUAAGGAGGUGACAGAAUUCAUCAAGAAGGGCAUCCAUCUUGGGAGACCAGACGACUGCCCUCAGUUUGUUUAUCUAAUCAUGAAGGACUGUUGGUCGAGAGAGCCCGAGGAGAGAGUGGACUUUGGACUCAUUCAAAAACGUUUGCGGGACCCAUACGGAAAUUAUGAUACCCCGAAACUCUCGCGGCGGGACGACUUGCCAGAUGGUGCAACUCCAGACCCUGGGAAUUACGACAUCCCACGAAGUCCCGAUAACGAAUACGACGUCCCCCCUAUCGACACCGGAGACAACGAAAAUGGCGAUUACGAUGUCCCAAAAUCUCCUGAAGACGUCCAGAGUUCUACCGAAGAUGUCCCGAGUUCUUCUAAACAGGAGCUACCGAACUAUGACAUGCCUCUUACGACACCUGCAAAAGCAUCGAAUAAUUCAAAGAGCUCGCCGAAAGGCGACCAAUCAACUGAUAUACCCGACUAUCCUCCGACAAAAUCCCAACGGAUACCUAGCAAGCAUUUUGAACCCAACGAGGAGAAAGACACUCGGCCAUCCGUAUUGGUUUGAUAAUGACAACAAACUUGAAUGACUUUUAUAACAUCGAAUGACGUCUAGAAUAACGAAUGACGUCUAGAAUAGCCAAUGACGUCUAGAUUAGCGAACGACGUCUAGAAUUGGGAAUGACGUCUAGAAUAGCGAAUAACGUUUCGAAUAGCCAUCCCCCAAGGUUCCUGGUGGUUCAGGUCUUUUUUUUUAAAUAGUUAGCCUGUUAAUAGAUACUUUGUGUGCAGUUAUAAUAAUUCCUAUAAAAAGCUGUUUAUAAUCGUU